AUGCCGUCUCCAGAAGCAGCAAGGCCGGGAAACCCUCCCGAAACGCCCACAAAGACUGGCAAGAGCCCUCAAUCAUCAUCCACUUCUAAGCUUACUGGGAAAGACGUGCCGAGGGGUACCCCCGGACGUAAACCACCCAAGCUCGGGGCAUCCAAAGCGACCCCAAAGAAAGCGACCGAAGACGUCCCCAAGCCAAAAGAGGUCGAGAAGCCCGCCGAAGAUGUGACGGAGAAGGCUGAAGAUGCUGGCGCAGAAGUCCAGCAGAAGAUCAGUCUGAAAGACACCGAAGAGCCUGGCGGUAAGGUCAGCCAACCGGGCAACGACACCGGCGCCGAAAGUACCUCUGUCGCCGAUACGAGCGAACUUUCGGAAGCCGACCCAGAACCAGUUCCAGAUAGCGACGAAGAUGAGCAGGAGACCGCCAAAGAAAGCAAAGGCGUUGCCAAGGACGAGGGCACCGAUGAGGGCGAGGAGACCGAAGGCCCUGCGGAAGAAACACCCGCCGUCGAGACAGAGGAUGCUGCUGAGGAAGCGGAGGAUGAGGCCGAAGGCAAGGGCUCUGGAGCACUCGGCGGCCUCAAGUCAGGUGCUGCCGGAGCUGUCGGCAGCGGCAAGAAGCUCGCAGGUCGCGUCGGUGGAGCAAAGGAUACUGCCACUAGCGCCGCUGGCAAGGCUUCCAAGGGCGAUGUGAAGGGUGCUGCCGAAGAUACUGCUGGUGAUGCCAAAGAGGCGACCACGGAAACGGCAGAGGACGCUAAAGAUACCGUCGCAGAUACCGCCGAGGAUGUGUCUGGUGAUACUCCUGACGCCGAGGGAGCAGUCGAUGGUGCCAAAGACACUGCCCAGAAGACGGCCGGCGAUGUCGAAGAAACUGCUGAUGAAGCGAAGGAGACCGCAGAAGACACUGCCAAUGGGGUCAAGGACACUGCUGAAGACGCUGCCGAUGGGGUCAAGGACACCGCCGAAGGUGCCAUACCAGACUUGUCUAUCUUGAAGGGUCUUAAGGUCAGUGAGAGCGGUGAUAUUCUCGACGGCUCGGGCAAAGUCGUGGGCAGGCUCGAGGAGGGUGAUCCCGCCGACCUUGAGGGCUAUGAGAUCGGGGACGACGGUGAGAUUCUUGAUGAAGACGGCGAUGUUGUUGGUCGGGCCACAGUCCUCCCAGACCAGGGGGCCGACGUUGCAGAUGGCGCGGAAGAUGCCAUCGACGGCGCCAAGGAUACCGCAGAAGGAGGCGUCGAAGAUGCUGUUGAUGGCGCCAAGAAUACCGCAGAAGAUGCCGUCGAAACAUACUUGCCUGAGCUUGAAGUCCUUGAUGGACUUGAGGUUCAAGAGAAUGGUGACAUUCUCGAUAAAGAAGGGAAUGUUCUCGGCAGGAUCACCGAGGGCGACCCAGCAGAUCUGGUCGGUAUGACUCUCAAUGCCGAUGGCGAAGUUCUUGAUGAGGAUGGUGAUGCUAUCGGCCGGGCAGAGACACUACCCCAGCCAGUGAAGCAAGCCGCAGAGGACGCCACAGGGGAGCUUCCAGGCCUCGACGCUCUCAAAGGUCUCGAGGUUCAAGAGGAUGGUGUAAUCAAGGAUGCCUCGGGCAAGACACUCGGCAAGAUUACUGAAGGAGAUCCAUCAGAUCUUGCCGGCCUUACACUUAACGCAGAAGGUGAAGUUCUCGACGAAGAUGGGGAUGUCAUUGGCCGCGCCGAAGUCGUGCCCGAAGCAGCCGACGCUGUUGGUGACGCCAAGCCCGAAUUUGUCCAGGAAGCCCUGGGCAAGGUCGACGAGCUUCAAGACCAAUUGAAACCAAAUUUAACGAUCGUAGAGGGCAGGAAACUCAACAAGAAGGGAAACAUUAUCGACGAUGACGGCGAGGUGUUGGCCAAGCUUGUCGAUGGUGAUGUGAAAGCUUGCGCUGGCAAAAUCCCCAACGAAAACGGAGAAAUCCUGGACAAGGACGGCAAUGUCAUUGGCCGUGUCGAAGUCGUGCAGGGCGAAGCUGCCGAGGAGGCUAUGAAAGAACUUCACCCUGAGCUUCUUGAACAACUCGAAGAGGCACAACAAGCGGCUGAAGAGGCCGAAAAGCAAGCUGAAGAGCAGGCAGAGGGUGCUGGCGAUGCGGCUGGCACGGCUGAAGAGGCUGCGGGUACUGCUGAAGAGGCUGCAGAUACCGCUGAAGGUGCUGCCGACGAAGCCAAGGACGCCGCUGAAGAGGCUGCGAAGCCUGACUUUUCCCAGCUCGAAGGCCUGAAGGUGAACAAGAAAGGCCAAGUUGUCAAUGAGGAUGGAGACCCAAUUGCUCGCCUCGCCGAAGGAUACGACAUUGAGGAUGUCCGCGGCAAGAAGAUCAGUGCGAAGGGCGAAAUCUUGGACAAAGAUGGCAACGUGAUCGGCAAAGUCGAGUUCAUACCUGAAGCCGUCGAAGAAGGCCUUGUGGAAGUCGAGGAGCCAUCACCACAGGUUUCGGAAACUUCUAUUCUUGAAGGCCUUAAGGUCAACAAGAAGGGUAUGGUCCUCAAUGAAGAAGGCGACCCGAUUGCUCAGCUCAGUGAGGGCGAACUUGAAAACUGCGCCGGCAAGAAAUUGAACGACAAAGGAGAAGUUCUUGACAAGGACGGGAAUAUCAUUGGUAAGGUCGAAAUGAUCACCCAAGAAGGUGAGGAGGAGCAAGAAGAAGGAGAAAAUGUAGACGAUGGUCUACCUCCUCUUUCGAUCCUUGAAGGUCUCAAGGUCAACAAGGCCGGCAAGCUUGUCGACAGAGACGGCAACAUCGUCGGCGAAUUGGUCGAAGGCGACGCUAAAAAGAUCUGGAAGUCUGGCGCCAGCUGUGACGACCAAGGUCAAUUCUGGGACAGCAAGGGCCACGUCAUUGGCCGAGCUAAAACACUUCCUCAAGAAGAAAAUGAUGGAGAGGGAGAAUUUGCCGGACUUGAAGGCUUGACUGUCGUUGCCGACGGUUGGGUCGAGGACGAGAAUGGUAACCGGGUUGGCCGCAUCAUAGAGGGCGAUGCGAAGAAACUCGUUGGCCGUGCCGUGGAUGAGGAUGGAGACAUAAUUGACAAGAGAGGCAAUGUCGUCGGUCAUGCUGAGAGAUAUGAAGAACCCGAGGCUGAGGCCGAACCCGAACCAGAAGCUGUUAACCUUUCUGAACUGAAGGGUCUCAGGCCGAACAAGCAAGGAAAUGUGAUCGGACCCGAAGGCGUUCCCAUUGGCCGCGUUGUGGAAGGAAAUGUCAAAGAGCUCGCUGGGCGAGCGAUUGACGAGAACGGUCAGAUUUGGAACGAUCAAGGUAAAGUCAUCGGACGAUGCGAACUCAUCCCACCGGAAGAACGAGAGGCCAAGCCCGAAGGGCCCUUUGCUGGCCUUGAAGGCGUCAUCGUGGGCAAGGAUGGUCUCGUCAACGACUCCGAAGGAAACGUCGUCGGCAAAGUCGUCGAGGGAGACUGGAAGAAACUUGUCGGCCGUGCUGUUGAUGAAGAUGGUGAUAUCAUCGACAAAUACGGCAAUGUAAAGGGUCAUGUCGAACCGUACGAAGAGCCUGAAGAGGAGGUCGCUGAGGAAGACUUGUCAAGCCUUGAAAACAAGACAGUAAACAAAUUGGGAAAGGUUGUUGACGAGCACGGCACCAUCUUCGGCGAGGUUAUUGAAGGCGACAUCAAACACCUUGUCGGCUGCAAGGUCGAUGGUAAAGGGCAAAUAUGGAGCACCAACGGUAAGGUUGUCGGGCGCGCAGGUCUCAUUCAAGGUGGUGACGACGGACGGGCUGAGGGACCCUUUUCGAAUUUCGAAUCCACGACCGUGUCCAAGGAUGGUCUCGUCAAGGAUGCAAAUGGCGAGAUUGUCGGUCGCGUCAUCGAAGGCGAUCCCAAGAAAUUGGUCGGUCGUCACGUCGACGACGAGGGCGACAUCGUGGACAAGAACGGCAAUGUCAUUGGCAAAGCAGAACGAUGGGAGCCCGAGCAGAAAGAGCGCGAGGUCUCUCCCAUGUCUGGCUGCCGCGUCAACAAAGAAGGAGAGGUUCGCGACAAGAAUGGCGAAGUGAUUGGCAGAUUGACAGAGGGCAACCUCCUCGCUUGCGUCGGCAAGGAAGUCAACGACAACGGCUACGUGGUAGACCAAGACGGCAACAAGCUCGGAGAGUGCACACUGAUCGAGAAUAUUCCUGAAGAAGAGGAAGAAGAAGAAGAAACAACACCCGAGCAGCUCAAGGAGGAAGAGGAACGCGAAAUAGCCAAGAAGAUUGGCAACAUCAUCAACCAGACCAUCGACCAGAUGAAGCCGAUCUGUGAUCAGAUUACCGAUAAAAUUGAAAAGGCUGAUCGUACGCCCCGUGAAGAGCUCGACGAAGAGAAACUUGUGCAGGACGUCAAGCCCCUCAUUGAAGAAGGUAGCCGGAUCCUGGGCGAAUGCAAUGGUGCCAUUCGAGGCCUCGAUCCUGAUGGACACAUUGCUGCCCAAGCCAAGGCUCGUGCUGCGUCUGGCGAGGCCAGCCCCGAGGAACAUCGUGUCGCAGAAGGAUUGAAGGAACUCACUUCGACCAUUGUCAAGACCAUUGACAAUGCAAAGAAGAGAAUUUCCGACAUGCCUCACGCAAAGAAGAAGUUGAACCCCUUAUGGGGGUUGCUCACCGAGCCACUGUUCCAGAUCAUUGCCGCUGUCGGCUUACUCUUGUCUGGUGUCCUUGGUCUCGUGGGCAAAUUGCUCAACGGUCUCGGUCUGGGCGGUUUGGUCAACGGUAUCCUGGGUGGAUUGGGAGUUGACAAGCUCCUCAGUGGACUCGGACUCGGCAGCGUUGCUGAGAGCCUCGGUCUGGGUGGUGGUAAGAAGAAAUAA